UCUCCUCACGCCCCUGCCGCUAGUGCCCUGCGCCGGCCGGCGCCCCGCUCCCCGGGACCGUGAGGAAGACGCGAACAGCAGGCGUCGGGGGUCGCCGAACAUGGGGAACACCACCUCGUGCUGCGUGUCGUCCAGCCCCAAGCUCCGGAGGAAUGCCCACUCCCGGCUGGAGUCCUACCGGCCCGACACGGACCUGAGCCGCGAAGACACGGGCUGCAACCUGCAGCACAUCAGCGACCGGGAGAACAUCGACGAUUUGAACAUGGAAUUCAAUCCUUCAGACCAUCCUCGGGCCAGCACAAUAUUCCUCAGUAAAUCUCAGACGGACGUGAGAGAAAAACGCAAGAGUCUCUUCAUAAACCAUCAUCCUCCAGGACAAAUAGCAAGGAAAUACAGCUCCUGCUCCACUAUUUUCCUAGAUGAUAGCACAGUCAGUCAACCAAACCUCAAGUAUACAAUUAAAUGUGUAGCUCUUGCAAUAUAUUAUCACAUCAAAAACAGGGACCCAGAUGGAAGGAUGCUCUUAGAUAUUUUUGAUGAAAACCUUCAUCCUCUUUCGAAAUCCGAAGUGCCACCAGACUAUGACAAACACAACCCAGAGCAGAAGCAGAUUUACCGCUUUGUUCGGACACUCUUCAGUGCUGCUCAGCUGACAGCUGAAUGUGCCAUUGUCACCCUGGUAUACCUUGAAAGACUCUUAACGUAUGCAGAGAUAGAUAUAUGUCCGGCCAACUGGAAGCGAAUUGUUCUAGGGGCGAUUCUGCUGGCCUCCAAGGUGUGGGAUGACCAGGCUGUGUGGAACGUGGAUUAUUGCCAGAUCCUGAAAGACAUCACAGUGGAAGACAUGAAUGAACUAGAGCGACAGUUCCUUGAAUUGCUCCAGUUCAACAUCAAUGUCCCUUCCAGUGUGUAUGCCAAGUAUUAUUUUGACCUUCGCUCUCUGGCAGAAGCAAACAACUUGAGCUUUCCCUUGGAGCCUCUGAGUAGGGAGCGGGCCCACAAACUGGAGGCCAUCUCUCGCCUCUGUGAGGACAAGUACAAGGACUUGAGAAGAACCACAAGAAAACGGUCAGCAAGUGCUGACAACCUGACUCUGCCACGAUGGUCCCCAGCCAUCAUCUCCUAACCACGAUAUUCCCACUCAAGGCCAUCCCCAAGCUCUUCCUGUAGUUUGAGAAAAGACAAACGUUGGGGUGGUUUAGUUUUUUGUUUUUUCUUCUUCUUCUUUUUUAACUCAUAGUUUUGUCAGGCUGCCUUCACGCCCACCUCCGUGCUGUGUCCCUGCACACAGCAAGGCUUCAAGGGAUGCAAGAUCAGUUCUGGAAAUCCUGAGUCACACCUUUCCCCAUGGCUAACAGCUCUUCCUUCUAGAGGAAACAGACUUCAAUCCUGGAGGAGUUUAUGAAGGGACAGGGAAGUCGCAUAGAGGCAGGAAAUGAUUAAGUGGCCUGGCUAUUCAUUCCUAAGUUCCCAUCCAGUCAGUUGAGUUGGUGGGAACCAUGCAGUAGAUAGCAGAGUUGGAUGUGCAUUAAAGACAAGAGUGCCACGUCCAUGGCCCCUCUGGAUCACUAUGUUCUGUAAGACUUCCUGCAUUCCUUCUUGCUGCUUUUUGGAACUUGGGGGAUUUUUGUUUGUUGGUUUUUAUUCUGUUUGGUUUUGGUCCCACAGAGCAGAGAAUAUAGUUUGUACCCACCAUGGCACAGACUUCCAAAUAAAUAGUACUGGUUGUUUCUCUCUGCACUAUUUUUGUGAGCUGUCUUCUGAGCUUUCUUCCUCACUGUGGGAUGUGCUUGUUACAUUUAUGUACAUCUUUAUAUCAGUUCUCUUUAACAUUGGCAAAAGUAAUGACUGUUGUGCUGAACCAAAAUUAUCCCUUUCCCUAUUUACUCCCUGCCCCAAGAAAAUUCUAGAUCACAUGGGUGCUUGUGCCUUCCAAUUUUCUUGCAGUUACAUUGUUGUUUUUCAUUUUCUUUUCUCGUCUGACCUGAAGUGAUAGAAAAAUCAGUCAGCCUCUGUGAAGAGGGCUGAAAGAAACUGCAGCAAGGUCCAUUGUUGGGGUGUGAGAGUGCUUCUCUGAGUGUUUCCAGGGAGCUGGGCAUCUGCCUGAAGUCACUGCGGAGGAGCACGUCUGUGCACCCCAUCCAGCUCCUCCUCCACUUUACGCCCAUGGUUGCAAGCAAUAUUCUCAACUUUUAUAUGUUUACUUGAAAUCAAAGCUAGUCUAUUUGUAUAAAAGUUUUUAAGAAUCUAAAAUUUAAAAAAAAAAGGGGGGGAUAUUCUUAUGCGAAGAUUACUGAAGGGAAAAAUGUUACUAUUUACUGAGGUAUUUUUCACAGAAUGAUUGAAUAAAAAAAACUCAACUUGCAUUUUCAUUGUGGGUGCUUAGAGAAGUUACACAAAAAUUCAAACUGUGAAGGUUUAGGCUUCGUUAAUUAGGACCAUACUUUUUCAUUUUCUGACUAUCCCUAAUUUCCUUAUGGGUUAGGUAAGAAUCUUUUAUAUAAUUAAAAUAAAAGGGUUAAAGAUAGAGCAUCAGAGAACAAAAUUGAUGUCUAUUUUGAGAAUCUGAGUCAUUUGUGCAUAAAGUGCUUUGCAUUUUUUCUUUUCUUAGGUCACAGUAACUACAACUUUGGAGCUCUUUCCUUUUCAAGUCUCUGAGGCACACGCAAUCUGAUGGUCUUCUGUGUUUCAUUGUCCCCCUAUGCUUUAGGACCUUGGAACUUUGUGAUACCUUAAAGUUGUAACACUUGAUCCACACAUGCCUGCUCUCAGUGAACUGUCCUUUGGAAAUGGGAGGGACUCAGAAAAUAACAAUCCCAUGAACACUAAACCCAGAGUGCUCAGUCAUGCUUCUGUGGAACAUAGGUGAGGUGGAACCGUAACUGUUGUUUAGGCCAUCAUAGGCCCAAGUUCUUUCUGGCCUUUAAACAGUCAAAAGCAAGCAAGCAGAAAAUGAAAAGUAAAUUUCCUUCUCAGUAUAAUUGAGUUGAUUACUCCAAUUGAGUACCAAAAUCAACUUCUCUCUUCAGUAAGAGUUGAAUUUAGAAACUUUAGAGAUCUAAAAACAUAGAAUCAGUUUAUAUUCCCCAAUCUAUGUAACUUUCAAAGGGACGUAUUUUCUUAGCUUAAUAUGAAUACCUCUUAAACAUAAAUUUGUUCCUCUCAUGUAAAAUACCUUAUUUUACUGAUCCAUUUCAGGAAAGAAGUUCUGCUGACUUUUUAGCAGAUCUUAUUUUUAUCCCUUUUAUUUGAUAGAGAUUUGAGAAUUAUGUAAAUAUUACAAUACAUCUGCUAUUAUUUUGUGGGUUUAUUAAACUACUUUGAAAGAUU